UAUAGCUCACGAUUCCACCUCCGCCUGCACAUCAGAGCUCAUUGUUUUGACACUCUUCUAUCUCGCCAUCUCUACAUUGUAUACUACCCACGUCUCUAAACAUACGCGCAAUGGAAGCUCGAUACAAGCAUGGCGGUGGCGACUUCAUAGCUACACGCCACUCUACGAGUUACGACUACAUAUCGCCUUUGAAACUGAACCUGACAGGCAAACACGUCUUGGUCACCGGCGCAGCAUGGGAAGACGGUGUUGGGUAUGCCACAGCUACGGCGUUUGCGCGCGCAGGAGCAGCAGUAAUCGCAGUGGCUGAUCUCCAUGGAGUGUCGGACGAGUUGGCCUCCAGAUUGAAGGAAGUCGCAAAGCAAGCUGGACACGCUGAGCCUACGGUAGUGUGUUGCACGGUCGACAUCUCAAAGCUAGACAGCGUGCAGGCCAUGCACGAGACUGUUUCGAAGAUUUUCGAUGGACGUCUAGACAUCGUCGUAAACAACGCAGCCCACAUGGAACCGUACGUGUCAUUCCUUGAGACCGAUCCAGACGUAUACUGGCGAUCUUAUGAGGUCAACGUCCGCGGCCUCUUCAACAUGUCCCGCGUCUUCCUCCCCUUACAACUCUCAACACAAACCAAUCAUAACAGCCUCUGCACAAUAAUUAAUGUAUCCUCUUCUGGUGCGCUGACUGCUCGUCCCGGAAGCGGAAGUUACCGCAGCUCCAAACUCGCCAUUCUCCGCUGGACAGAAACCCUACAACUGGAAUACGCUGAUAGGGGUCUUCUGGCGAUCUGUGUGAAUCCAGGUGCGAUCAAGACUAAGAUCACAGAGACGGCGCCUGAGGAGGUGAGAAAUCGGUUUCCGGAUCGGCCCGAGGUUGCGGGCGAUACAAUUGUUUGGUUGGGGGCUGAGAGAAGGGAGUGGUUGGCGGGGAGGUAUGUGAGUUGUACGUGGGACAUGGAGGAGCUUGUGAAGAAGAAGGAUGAGAUUGUUGAGGAAGACAAAUUGAAGAUGAGGAUGGCCUUUUAACCGUACUGAUGCAUCAGGUCUCCUGCAAUAGAGAGUAGAAUUGGGUAUUAUGUGUCUUCUUCCAUCUCUUGCGCCCACGCAAUAUGCAGAUUUUGUAUGAUAUCAUCGCACGUAUCUGGACAUUGGUCUUCGUUUCGAUGGAUGUAUCUGUCAAUCUUUCGACAUGUAUGAUAGUGAUACAGGAGGCUCGAUGCAUCGA